CGGACGGACCCAAGGCGGCUUUAAACGGCCCGAUCCCAAAUGGCGCUGAGAAUAUCGCCUUGGCUCUGCUCCCCUGCGCUCCUCCUCACCGCCUCGAGAGCGGACGCUGCUGCGACGCUGCUCGCCGGCGCCGGAAAUCUUCGCCCGAUGUCGUCGUCGCCGCCGCCGUCUCCGUACACCACGCUGAAGGAACGGGCGACCUGCAAGCGCGAGAUAAAGAAGAGCAAGUUUAUCGCCAUCGCCGCCCCCAUCUCCGACGAGCGCUCCGCCCACUCCUUCCUCUCCGAGGUCCAAGAUCCUCGAGCUACUCAUAAUUGCUGGGCCUACAAGCUUGGAGAGCAAUACCGGUAUAAUGAUGAUGGAGAACCAUCAGGUACAGCUGGAAAACCAAUAUAUUCAGCCAUUGUCUCUUCUGGAAUUGAUAAGGUGAUGGUUGUUGUGAUCAGGUAUUUCGGGGGUAUAGAGCUGGGAACUGGAGGAUUGGUCAGGGCCUAUGCUGGUGUUGCUUCAGAAUGCCUAAAAGGUGCUGCAACUUGUGUUGUGAAACCCAAAGCUCCAAUUGGUAUGGAGAUUCCAUUUGAUUUGUUGGGUGUAGUGUAUCAUCAGCUGAAGCAUUUCGAAGUUGAGGACAUCAAGCAGGACUAUGAUACUGGUAAAGAUGGUAUCACUAUGGUCACCUUUAAAGUAGAACAUGACAAAAUUGAGAGCCUGGAGAAUGCAAUUAACUCCAUUUGUAGCAGAAAAAUUGAGUUCUAUAAACGUUAACACAGAUUUUGUUUUUUUUGUUUUGGGGGGGGUGUUGGGGGAUGGGGAGGGGGGUAAAAUGACGAUGAGUGCUUUGGAGCAACCAUGUUUGGUUGACCAAGCAAAGCAGUUUAUGUGAGUAGCCUGAAUGAUUUAUUCACCUCUGGUAGUAGUACCAUCCUCUCCUAUCAGACUCAUCUUCAUCUUCAGCAGACAUAUGUUCCUUUUUUUUAUUAACAAAAAUAAUGAUCUUCAGUGGAUAUGUAUACAGAUUAUGAUAUGGGGCUCAGAGAAAUAGUUCAUAUUAUUUUACAUGAAGUCAUAUGAAUCUGAUCAAUUUGAUCUA